CUUCGCAUGACCGAGUUCAUUUGAAUCUGGUGAGGGAGGGAGUGGAGGUCUGGCGCCAGUCCUCAGCACUGUUAUUUCUCCCGCUGCCUUCGAACAACACAGUCGAUUCUCCUUAUGAAAACGGCUGAAUGGAGAGAACAUUGUUCUAUGAAAGCACUAAGGAAACUACCAGAAUUUAUUAUUUUCGAAGACAGUUUGCAAGUAGAUGCAUAUCAACGAACAAUUUUGAAAUUCGUAUAGUGAGGUUCGCUGUAGUGUAAGAGGCAAAGUGAGAAGUAGCGGUCACCUUUUGAGUAAAAUAACCCCUAAAAGAUCAGAACCUACAGUAUUAUCGUUAGUGUCAUUUGGUAAGUAAUUUCACAUUUGACAAAUUAGUUUGACAGUUGGCUGGAAUCAUGACUCGGAGAUCCUGUGUAAUUUACGCUACUGGAAUUGUCUGCGCCCACCUACUGAUAGUGGGGAUCGCCUUGGUGGUGGCUCAAGUCUUUCAAACAAUGAUUCACAACCGGCUAAAAAAGGAAUUGACUUUGACAGAGGCAAGCCGAGUAUUUGAGUCAUGGAAGAACCCACCGCCUCCAGUCUACAUGGAGUAUUACUUCUUCAACGUGACCAAUCCAGAAGUAUUCUUAGCAGGGGGAAAGGCAGUGGUCACCCAGAUUGGACCUUACACUUACAGGGAAUACAGACCUAGGGAAAAUGUGACUUUCCUUGAAAAUGGAACCAAGGUUUAUGCCCUGAAUCCCAAAAGCUUUGUCUUCGUCCCAGAGAAGUCCAGAGGUAAUCCAGAGGUCGACAUUCUGAGGACAGUCAACAUCCCAGCUGUGGCGGUGAUGAGUGAGCUGAACUCCUACUCCUUCCUGCUGCGUACCUUCGUCUCCAUAUAUAUGAAGUCCAUCGGCGUGGAGAUCUUCAUGACUCGCACCGUCCACGAGGUGCUGUGGGGCUUCAAGGACCCUUUGCUCACCAAAAUCCACAGCGUUAGGCCAGAGGUGGAUGAGAUGUUUGGGCUGAUGUGGAAGAAAAAUGGAACUCAUGAAGGAGAGUUUGUGUUCCUGACUGGCGAACGUGACUACAUGGAAUAUGGCAGAAUAGACACAUGGAACGGGUUGACUGAAAUGUCAUGGUGGUCCUCUAACCAGAGCAACAUGAUCAACGGGACGGACGGCAGUGUGUUCCACCCUCUGUUGUCUAGGAAAGAGCUGCUGUACAUCUUCGCGGCUGACCUCUGCAGAUCUAUCCAUCUGGGUUAUGUUGAGGACGUGGACGUGAAGGGCAUCCCAGCCUACCGCUUUGCCCCGCCCCACGACGUCCUGCAGAGUCCUGAGGAGAACCCCACUAACGCCGGCUUCUGUGUGCCAGCUGGCGACUGCCUCGGCACCGGGGUGCUUAAAGUCAGUGUUUGCAGAGAAGGUGCACCUAUCGUGGUGUCGUUCCCCCACUUUUAUCAGGCAGAUGACAAGUACAUUAAUGCUGUUGAUGGACUGCACCCCAACAAGGAGGAGCAUGAAACUUACCUUGACCUUAACCCGACCACUGGGGUUCCCAUCCGUGCUUGCAAGAGAGCCCAGCUCAAUAUAAUUUUGAACAGAGUUCCAGGCUUCCCCGAAACCAAACAUCUAAACGAUAUCAUUUUUCCCAUCAUGUUUGUCAAUGAGACGGCCACUAUUGACGAUGACUCUGCUGCCCAGAUGAGAACCCUGCUGCUCAUCGUGACCUUGGUGUCCAACUUCCCUCUGCUCAUCGUGGGCAUGGGAGCCAUCCUGCUCAUUGUCCUAGUCGUCCUGGUCUGCAGGUCUCGCCAGAAGAAGAAUGAAGUAAAACGUAUUGAUUUUACUGAAGCUUUUCAUUCUUUUACUACGGCAAAAGAUGAAACAGCCUACACUCAAGUCAGCGACAAACCAGAGGUUGAACCAUCAGAAAACAACUAUACCAACCAGCCAAUGAGGAACGGCUCCUACAUCGCCAUGUCUCCCGUGGAGGCUCAGAAGUGUUGAUGCAGGCUGCAGUGUGUGGAGGGGCAGGCGGAGCAUCCUGGGCGUGGUAUUAUAACCAAGGCAGGGUUUUGCAGUGCGGACAGGGGUUUUCACUUUUGGGCAACAACUCCAAUAAAUGUCCAUGUCAAUCAUGAUGCUGCUCAUCUCAAUGAUGCUCUUGACUAUCCUGCUGAGCAUGGUCUUUCUGUCUGCCAUAGUGCAAAACAACAACUCCUGUCUACUACUACUACUACUACUACUACUGUCACUUCUGUCUCUGUUCUGUUGGGCUCAGUGCUGGGUUCAUGAAGGAACACUUGGACAGCCAGGACAAAGCUUUUUUGAGUAUUUUCUGCGAGGGAAUAAGUGUCAAAUUAGGCAGUAUUCUCACUAAUUAAUAACAACCACUGAGCAGUCACUAUCAGCGUUCUACUGACUGAUGGGUAGUCUUCACCUGAUUUAAUGAAGACUAGAGGGCCCAGAAACAUUUCUUUGUAUCAGUGUUUGUGAGGUCACCUCAAACAGCCACCAGAUUAAAACAUCUGGUAUUCUUCUCUCCCUGUAACUGAGUAUUCACUGACUCGGCAUAUAAGUGGUUUUGCUAGUAAAACUGUACUUAGCAUAUCCUUUUUGAAGAAGAAAUAAAUGGACUACUUAUAAUAUAAUAUUUUUCUCCAGGGAUGAAUCAGUCAGUGCACACACCCAAGUUGUUAUCAAAUGGAAUUUGUGACAGUUUGUGUGCAUGUCUUACCAUGCAGUGUCCUGUUUUGAUUGGACUAUGGGGGACUAUUUUUCUUGACGCAGGCUCAGUGUAGUAUGACAACUGAGAAACUAGACAUUUAGCUCUUUCCCUUUCCCUUCACCUUUUUCCCCAACACUAGUUUGAGACAUAUUUUCUAAACCUUAGACAUUUCCUCAGAUAAGGCAUUAGUAAAUAGCUGCUUUCCCAUUAAGGAAAGGCCUAAACUUUCAUCUCAUAUUGAAAUUGUAAGAAAAAAAACAUACCCACAAAACUUAUAAGGGAGACUUGAACCUACUUUCUGCCUUACAAUUUUCAGUGUUUCUUUGUUGAUAUGGUAAAAAGCUGGAUAUCUUAAUAGUUGUACAUAUGCAAGGGGGAAAUGUCUGGCUACCUCUGACCUAAUCCAGCAAGUAGUCACAGGUGUGCCGAAGACACCAUUUUUUAAACAUCAGUGUGGACCGACUUUGUCUGCAUCAAUACUUGGAGAAAACACAAUUUGGAUUGAUAGUACAGUCCUCAUAACAAGGUGACCAGGUUUUCACAUAAAGACGAAACACUGUUAGAAACAUCGACUGGUGCGCCGUAAAAAAAAACCCAGGUGAAUUGUAGAAUAAACAAUCGGGCCAUGCACACCGCUUCUGCUGUACAUGUUAUGUCAGAGUCAACUGGCUUGCUAAGGAGCUGUCGAUAUUCAGACGAACAUGGCACUUGAAUCACUCUUUGUCUGAUGUUUUGAUGGUUUUUUUGGCCAUUUUGGUCACUAGUCUCUCUGUCAUGUCAAGCCUUUUGGCAGUUGCUUCUGGAAAAAAUGAACUAAGGCCAUAAUACUGUCAACUUGAAAAUUCCUGCACUUUCCCCCAAAAAAGGUGCCCUGUAUUUCUUUGGUUGUUAUAUAAAAUGCAAGGGUCCUUCUGUGUAUUUCAGUAGUUUGCCCCAGGGUUGUUUUUAAAUGUGGUUCCUGAGGUGUUAUCCUAGAUGCACACUUUGCCUUGUUACUUGCUUUUCAGUACAUUGAAUAUGAUUUUUUUUAUUUGUAUCUAUUAUUGCUGCUAUUAAUUGCCAUAACCUAUGGACUUGUAUUUUUUAUAUGGAUGAGCCAUCCAUGCUCAUAUUCUGUUUAAGGUUGUUCCAACAGAAACCACUAUCAACUUCUAAAUGGCUGUCUGGUCUCUGUGAAGCAACUAUUUAGAUAUUGAAGAAUAUUUGAGCAGGAUACAAUGCCCAAAGCUUGCUGUCAUUUACUGUGAUUAGCACAUAACUAUAGAUAGCAACACAUUGUAACAUGAGGAAUUGUCCAUAUUGGGAUCAUUUUGAUAUUUGUAAUACUUGUUUCUGUGGGUGAUUUUAUAGAGUUUGUUCAACUGGAAACUCUGGAGUUCUAGAUGGGAUGCCCUAGUAAAUGUUUUUUUUUUUUUUUUCAAGCAUGAGUUUGGUUGUGCAAUUAAGGACGUUUGUCAGACAUGGCUUUGGGCAUCUACUCAAACUUUGGUCCUGGUUAUAUUAUAUGUCAAGGACUAAUAAACAGUAGGCCUUUUCAGCUCAAUCUAUAUACAAGCAAUCAUGUCCUUGUGCAUGUAUUGCUUACUUGUUUAAUCAUCACAGUAUAUCUUACCAUCCUUAUUGACUUGAAUCUAUAAGACCUUAAACCUGAACUGUGUUGUGUGCGUGUGCAUACACCUGAGCCAAUACUUACCACUGUCUGACUGACUAGUCCCAUUCACCUUUUUGUACCCAAUCAUUCAAGUCCAUUCGCUCCCCUGUGCUUGACCAAAGAUAACCUACAUAGAUCGGAUCCAGCUUGUGUUUACUCUAGUUAGAGAGAACGGUUGUGCCGCCACCACCGUCUGCCUACCUUCUACACUAUGGCUGCGUCUGGAAUUGCACCCUAUAUCGUUUACAGUGCAUUACUUUUGACCAGGGCCCACAGGCUCUGGUCAAAGGUCGUGCCCCCUGGUCAAAGGUCGUGCCCCCUGGUCAAAGGUCGUGCCCCCUGGUCAAAGGUCGUGCCCCCUGGUCAAAGGUAGUGCCCCCUGGUCAAAGGUAGUGCCCCCUGGUCAAAGGUCGUGCCCCCUGGUCAAAGGUAGUGCCCCCUGGUCAAAGGUAGUGCACUGUAUAGGGAAUAAGUUGCUUUUUCGGAUGCAUUCCAAAUGCAGUGUAUUUACAAGUGUUUGAGUCGUGCUUCUCCCAUCAAGGCCAAAAUGUGUAGUUUUUACAAUUUGAUAAGGAUUAUUAAUAUUAAGCGAACUUCAAAGGGUUAAAAUACAUUUCUAAUGUGAAGGGGACAAACUGAGUUAUGUAUUGACGCAGCAAUACAAGGUUAUGUAAAAUUUUAUAUAAAUGUUUUUUUAAUCUGACACAAUAUUUAUGUAUCCAUAUGUUCAUUGUUAUUUGUCCCGAGUGUUUUUUGUGGUCGUGUUUCAUUUCGAAGUCGAAGUACAGUUUAUUUUUUAAUAUUCAACGGGGGUUAUCGCACACAUGUUCAGUUUGUAUCAUGAAAUGUUUGUCUCACAGAAAAAUACAUCUUGUAAAACUGGUUCAUAAUGUGAGAUAUUGAUCCAUCAUUGAGGGUAGCAAAGUCCCUAAAUGUUCUGAGAGAAUUCCUUGAUGGUUGUGAAUGUGUGUGUAGGAUAAUAAGCUAAUGUAGACCUAUUUUUGUGCAGCUAAUGCACCAUUUUGUCAAACUGGAGUGAUUAAUUGGAAGGCUGACUAUCUGUGUACAUGUGUAGGGAGAUUGCCUUGGUGCCAGAACAGGAACAAGGGAAGUGUACUCUCAAUCUAACCCAUAGAUGAAUGAAGCCCUCCUUCAGGGAAGAAGAAUGCUGGUGCCAUACAUCCUUUUAUUUCAGAAAUUUACCUUCACGUUACUGAUUUUUGUUUUAAGCAGUGUAGCAACUGUAUACUGUUCACAUGUCAUUGCGUGUAAGUUUCUCAGUCACCGACUAACAGACAUUUCAUGUUACUUCUGAGAUCUAUAUUUUUUUGCUGCUGAAAGUGACAAUCGUCAUGUUUGGUGCAAAACUAUUUCAAAAGUAAUCCAUAACUUUUAGUUAAUUUACACUGCACAAAUGUUUAUACGAUGCUUUUGUAAACAUUUUUAGUGUAUUUGCAAAAAUAAAUACAUUUGCAAUGAAUGCAAAGAAUACA